AUGAAGAUCAAGGCGCUUUCGAGAUCACUCGAUGUACAUGCACCCGCUCGACAGGGUGACCCUGCCCCUCUUUCGAGGAACCUUGACCCAGCAUUGCAUCCCUUCGACAAGCCAAGAGAAUACACACGUGCACUCAAUGCCGCUAAGCUAGACCGCCUCUUCGCUAAGCCGUUUGUCGGCGCCUUGGAAGGUCACAUCGAUGGCAUCUACUCGAUCGCAAAGGAUACCAACAGGCUUAAUGUGGUUGCUUCCGGAAGUGGCGAUGGAGAAAUUCGUCUUUGGGACCUGGCACGACAGAAGCCUAUCUACGUCUAUCCAAAGGCACAUUCCGGUAUCAUCCAGUCGAUUUGCAUCUCACCCCUGACCUUCAUGUCACCCACUGGCAACUCCUCGGUGGGCCGCAGGAUGCUCUCAUGCUCGACAGAUCGAACUGUCAAAGUGUGGGAUGCGGAUCCACGACCGGACGGUCUCGGACAGACAAGUUUUAAUGCCAUGGAUGAUGAUGAAGACGACAACGACGACAUGGAUGCAGACAUGACCACAGGGGGCAGCUUAAGAAGGGGUGGUCUUCUAAGUACACGAGACAAGGACGUUCCGCCAAGUGAGACACUAACCGUGUACAGUGGCAAGGCAGCGUUCAACUCGCUGACACAUCACGCCUCAAACGCGGUCUUCGCCUCGGCAUCGUCCUCGAUUCAAACUUGGGAUCUCGAGCGCGGAGGCUCCUCUGAUCCACUACUGUCCAUGACCUGGGGACCAGAUGCUAUCAACGUAGUGCGAUUCAAUCUCAGCGAGCGCGAAGUUCUGGCCAGUGCUGGCAGCGAUCGCGGAAUUGUGCUGUACGACUUGCGCAGCGGUAAGCCUCUGACCAAGAUGAUUAUGCAAAUGCGAGCAAAUGACAUUGCGUGGAACCCAACGGAGCCUACCGUAUUUGCGGUGGCAAGCGAGGAUCACAACGUCUACACGUUUGACAUGCGUCACCUCAACUCAGCCACACAAGUCUACAAGGACCACGUUGCAGCCGUCAUGUCGAUCGACUUCUCCCCCACGGGCACCGAGCUCGUUACGGGCUCAUACGAUCGAACCCUCCGCAUCUGGGACUACGGCAAGGGGAACCACUCACGCGAUGUCUACCACACCAAGCGUAUGCAGCGCAUCUUUUCUACCUCGUUCUCCAUGGAUGCUCGGUUCGUGCUGAGUGGAUCUGACGAUGGUAAUCUGCGUAUCUGGAAGGCCAAAGCGAGCGAGAAGCUGGGCUUGCUCAGUGGAAGAGAGAUGGCCAACAGGGAAUACGCCGAGAACCUUCGCAGCAAGUGGAGUGGUAUAGGUGAUGUGGCAAAGAUCGAGAAGCAGAGGCACGUACCCAAGGCGAUCAAACAGGCACAGAAGCUCAAGAGGACCAUGAUCGACGCCAGGAAAAACAAGGAGGAGAACAGGCGCAAACAUUCGAAAGCAGGAGACAAAAAGCCCAAAGCUGCGCGAAAGGAAGCAAUUCUUUCCCAACGCGAGUAG